GGCCAAAACGAAAAUGGCGUCGCGUGUACGGUGCCGAUGAUCCCUCGUUUCGCCGCGUUCGUUGCUCGGGUUGCAUUGCGGUAUAACGGCGACAGAGCGGUCCAACGACGACGACGGACGCUGCUGAUCGCGCUCGGUGUGUAGUGCUCGCGCCACGAGACUCGCCCGUGGGAUAAAAUCAGGUACGCUCGGGCGGUCGCGCCGCACGUACGAACGUUACGACGAGCGGCGGCGGCGGCGGCGGUGGCGGCAACGGCGGUAACGAAGACGACGACGACGACGAGUGCCGCAGUGACGGUGAUUAAAUCGCGCGGACGGUGUCGGUGCCGGCGGACUCGCGGUGUGCCCCGUGCACUCUUUCUCUCUCGCUCCCCCCGCGUGAACCGGGCUCGACCCCGUUGGCAUGACGAAGGACGCGAGGUGCCCCGUUUUUCCGCGGCAAGGUAACGUGUGUUGUUGACGUGCGCGCGAGUGAACCACCUCUCCGCGUAUCGUCCUUGUCCCGCUUGCGAGCGAGGGACAGGCCGCGGGUGGAAAACGUCUUCCGGAGGCGGCGACGAGCAACGACGUGCGCAGCCACGACGACGACGACGACGACGACGACGGCGACGUGCGACGUCUAGCACAUCUCGCCCAAAGCCAUGGCGGUGAAUCCGCGUGAUAUGGACGGCUUCAUGCCGCUCCUGUCAACGACGGAUAUCAAGAAGAAGCUCAACGUCGGCAGCGCGCUGCUGAAUUACCUCGGAGACUCAAGCAAGAGCAUCGAGUGCCAGGACAUUGGCAUGUUCAUCGACAACAUCAUACCGUGGCUCGGCAACGGUAAUCCCAAGGUUGUCCAGAAUGGCUUAGAAAUCCUCACGUAUCUCGCGGAUCGGAUGGGUCACGACUUCAAGCCUUACAUCUCCACCAUCAUCCAGCCGACGAUAGACAGGCUAGGCGACAGUAAAGAUGCUACCAGGGAGAAGGCGCAAAUGGUGCUCCUGAAAAUUAUGGAGAAGGGAUGUAUGUCGCCUCAGAAUCUUCUGGAUAGACUUCGCCCGGCCUUUAAUCACAAGAAUGCAAAGUUACGAGAGGAGGCCCUGAUUCUGUUGACGACAACGCUGAACGAACAUGGCGCAGACGAGAUGGCACUGUCAGGGGUGAUCCCGAGCAUCGUAAAGCUUCUGUCCGAUCCGUCGGAAAAGGUUCGGGAAACGGCUCUCAACACGCUGGCGGACAUCUAUCGACACGUAGGCGAGAGAUUACGCGUCGAUUUGCAAAGAAAGCACAAUGUGCCGCAAGCCAAAAUGCUCCUGUUAAUAGAGAAGUUCGAUCAACUGAAGGCUGCCGGUGAUCUUUUACCCUUGGCAAUGUCGUCCGACGUUGGCAAGGACAGCGAUGAACUCGACAGAGCGAUCAAAUCGGCUCCCGUAAAGAGGUUCAACAUGCCUCCGAAAAGAGGUCAAUUUGGGCCCGCUAAAGCACCAUCCUCUGCCUUAGCUCCUCCUGGCACUCCAUCCUACGCGGUCCCAAGGGCAGCGACCGUCAAAAGAGCUCUGUCAGUAAGGUCGACAUCAGCGCAAGCCGGAGCCGUUGACGAAGAAUGCUUUAUGACUUCGUUCGAGGACGUGCCUACCGUCAAUCUAUUCUCGGCGAAGGACCUCGAAGAACAGAUGAAAAUUAUUAGGGAGACUGUGGGCGACGACAAAAAGGAUUGGAAACAAAAAAUGGAUAGCAUGAAAAAAUUGAGAGCCAUUGUGCUUGCGGGUGGCACUAAUUACGAAAAUUUCUACGAGUGCCUAAAGAGCGUACAGCGACCGUUCGAGCAGGCCUGCACUGACCUUCGAUCCCAAGUAGCGCGAGAAGCAUGUAUAACUCUCGCCUUUCUGAGUCAGAGCCUGAAGACCAAAUUCGCCAGUUUUGGCGAGGCGGUUUUGCUGACGUUAAUGAACCUCAUACAGAACAGUGCCAAGGUCGUGGCGACAGCCGGUGCGGUGGCAGUUCGGUUCAUCCUUCAAAAUACCCAGUGCAGUCGAUAUGUGCCUAUUAUUAUAUCGUGCGUGAGCAACAAGAGCAAAGACAUUCGCAGGGCGUCCUGGGAAUAUCUGACUUUAAUCCUGCAGACCUGGCCUACGCAGAUAUUGCAGAAGCACAUAACAAUAUUGCCGGACGCGCUCAAGAAGGGCAUCGCAGAUUCCGACGCGGAAGCGCGAGUUUUCGCUAGGAAAUCAUUCUGGGCAUUUAAAAAUCAUUUUCCCGAGCAAGCUGAGAUUCUUCUUAAUAAUUUGGACGCAUCAUAUAAACGCUCCCUGAUGUCUCUCAGCAACAGCGGUAGCAGCAACAGCUUAAACAUCGUAGCUAAUGCGAGAUCGUCGAGCGUUAGUCCACGUACAGCCAGACCCGUCAUGAGCGCGGCAGGUAGUACGGAAAAUUUGCAUCAGACCACGGGUCAACCGCACGGCCCGCUCAGACGUACUCCGUCCUUACCUCGGUCUUAUCGUCAAUCUGGUAUCCCGAUACUACAAAGACCGACAGACAGUUACUAUCGAGGUACACCAGGAGUUAGAUCUACCAGCGCGAUUGACUUGCAAGCUGCUCAAAGGGCGAAAGCGAGGUUGAUGUAUGCGAACAUGAGCAGACAGAAAGCAGCAGCAGCUAUUCCUCGUCCUAGUAAAUCCCCGGAUCCCAGUGCGGUUGCUAGCCCAGAAAGAAUGGCAAGGACGAGGACGAGAGUGUCGGGAGUUUCACAAUCUCAACCUAGCAGUAGAUCGGGUUCUCCGUCGUCUAGAUUAAGUUACGCUACGUAUAAUCGCGAGGGUGAAUCACUGAUAGGCAGGCCAAGGCGAUUAUCCGGACACACAAUUGGCAGCACAAGCAACAGUCGCGAACCUAGUCCGCAGAGAUUCGGAAUGGACAGGAGUUUCGCGAGCAAACUUAGAGGGAGAAACAUACAUAUGUCGCCAACGGACAGCACCAGACCACCGGUGAUGGCGCAAAAGAUGCUGCAGAAGUCGCGCGAAGCGGAGUCCGCUUUGGCGGAUGCUCUGACUUUCGAUAGCAUCGACAACUACACCAGACUACCGGGCAACAAAGGCGAUCACAGUGACGACAGCGAAAACAGCAGUAUAUGCUCGGAAAGAAGCAUAGACGGUUUUAGACGAGCCAGUGAUUCGUUCUCGUGGAGUGGCUCUCAACCGAGACUAUACCGUGAUCUAUGGGAUCAGUCUAUCCCGAAGGACAUCAAAGAGAUCAUUGAAAACUGUGCUCACAAACAUUGGGGAGACAGAAAAGAAGGCUUAGUCGGCUUGCAACAUUAUUUGAGCAGCGGAAGUCGUUUGACAACGACAGAUUUGCGCAGAGUGACGGAUAUUUUUACGAAAAUGUUUAUGGAUUCCCACACCAAGGUGUUUAGUUUGUUCUUGGACACGUUGAACGAACUGAUAAUUACUCACAACGAAAGUCUCGGCGACUGGUUGUAUGUUUUGUGCGCGAGACUUCUCAAUAAGUUAGGCACCGAUGGUCUAUUGGGAUCUAUACAAACAAAAAUUCACAAAACGCUUGAUGUUGUGAGAGACUGUUUCCCGGGCCACAAACUUCUACCAGCUGUGAUGAGGUAUCUGACAGAUCCAACACAAACACCAAAUACUCGCGUGAAAGUAGCAGCAUUGACUUUUAUCACGCAGAUCGCUGAAACGGCAGAACCGUGCGCGCUGGGCAGUUCUGCAGCGACAGCACUCGCACGGCUGCUCGACUGGUCGAAUGACGGCAAAAGCCACGAUGUGAGGAGGCACGCGCAAAACGCUGUGAUAUCACUUUACAAUCUCAAUCCGCCUCAAGUUACUAUGAUAUUCUCCGAGUUACCGAAAUCCUAUCAGGAAACAGCCUGGCCUCUAGUGCAGAACCACCUGAAGAAAUCGUCCACUUCUAGUAAUCCGGCGUCGCCCGGUACGCCACCGCCUAGAGCGCAGAACUCGCCAGCUCGAACGAAAGUGAAAAACGAUGUUAAAGCGGACGCGAAGACUGAAAUCGAUGGGGGAGACGAGAACUUGGAGGAAGUAUACAAUUCUCCUUACAGAUCUCUGCGACGCACGACCGCCGAAAUUCAAAAUUACGGCUUCGAACGUUUGGAGAGAGCCACCACCAGCAAGGACAGCGGUAUCAGCAAUAUGGCAGAUGUCGAAGAAAGAAUGGAAGGUCUUACGUUAUCCAAUUCGGGUCGAUCCUCAUCCGUUUCCUCACCGACGCAACGAGGACGAUCUGUUAGUAACGUAACGGUGAACGGAUCCGAUACAAUUGCCGGUGACUUGAUUCUACCUCAAGAGAACAAUGGUUACAAAACGCAUGGAUCAUCACCAGAUUCGAUAAACAGACCAGAAAUCGUGGAUAACAUGGUUAAAACCCUGCAGUCUAAAGUGGAGCAAACUCCGGAAAAAGUAUCGGCGUUACAAGAAUUUCAACUUUAUGUCCGUGAAGGCGAUUCGUCAUAUAUUAAACGCAAUUUCAAAAAAGUGCUCAAAGUUUUACUAGACAGUUUAUCCAAUGACGGAAAAAUGAUACAAGUAGAAGUGCUGCAAACGUUUAUCGAUAUGCUGAAAUGUUCCGAGUUGAUAGAAAGUUUUUCCUCUUACAAUGAGUUACUGGUACUGAAAGUUAUUAACGCCUACAAGUCAGACGAUCAAAAGGUCGAUUCUUCCAGUGGUAGCGGCGGCAGAUCUCCAGUUCUUUGGAACGCGGAGAAGUGCGCGGCGACGAUGGCCAUGGUUUUAAAGCCGGAACAAAUUAUCCAUUUGGUCUCCACUAUCAUCGCUACGGAGACAUAUCCAUUGAAUAUGGGCGCGAUAAAAAUGUUGCACAAAGUGGUGGAGCAUUGGGGUCGUGAAGCUAUCGAACCUCAUCUUUCCAAGGUUAUGCCUGGCCUUAUUAAGGCUUAUGACGACUCCGAGAGCGCGGUUCGUAAGAGCGCGGUCUUCUGCAUGGUGGCGAUCCAUGUCGCGGUCGGCGAAGAGGCGCUGAAGCCGCACCUGAGCUGCCUGUACUCCAGUAAGCUCAAGCUGCUGAACAUCUACAUACAGCGCGCGCAGCAACAGGCGAACAGUCAACCGGCGAGUCCGCGUAGCAACAACAAGAAUUAACCAAUAUCCAAUACCACGACUCUCAGGGUCGCGAUACUUAAGAGGUUCGCCCGCUUCGGCGCGCGGCAUGAGCGAAUGCUAGUUAGCUUCCUCAGUAAGUCCGAUCCGUCUUGAUGGUCGAUCGACGACGACGGUUUUAACAGUAUGACUCGGAAGUUUUGAUACGAUUGAGACUGAUGUGUGCGUGUGUGUGUGCGUCAUUUCGCGUCGGCGUGCAUGCGAAUCGCUGCUCGAGAGACGGCAGCGAUGCAUCAACGGAAUCAACGCUUCGAUGUUAGGUUUGUCGAAUUAUUUGUUUAUAUAGAAGAAUAAGGGCGACUUGUGCAUGAUGAUUUAAUUCUUAUUAAGAGAGUAAAGCUUUCAAAGAGAUAAUUUAUUACGUAUGAAAUACUGAUUUUUUUUCGUCUUUUGAGUGUGAAAAAUAGCUGUAUUGCUAUUAUAUUGAUUAUACAAGUACGCUUUUAAGCGAGUGUCACAUAGUAACUUCGAUUGGCAGAUAUGUCGUCUUCAAGUAUCAUUUCCGUGAUACGCGCUCGCGAGGUUUUUUUCUUCUAUGGAAAGAUUGUGAAAUUAUUUAUACAAUAUAUUUGUUUGCGAAAUGAACAACUCGAUUCGUUUAAUUUUGCUAAUUUCUUUUUUAUUUUCUUACUGUACAUACAUUGAUCCGUACGCGAGCUAUGUCGUAUUUUAUAGUAGAGAGAGCUACAGUAUUCAGAAAGUCCAGUAUUUUUGUCGAUACGUGACAGAGAUUUUAUUUCUAUUUUCGCGAGCAGUAGGAUUGGAAAUAUUUUUUUCUCUCCCGGGAUUUCAAACCUUUCAUUCGCCAUGAGAAAAAUAAUUCAGCGAGACGGGUAAUAAAACUAAGAGAACGCGAUGCAACAUCACUGUUUACGGAUGAUUUAGCUAUUUCUCGUAUAGUUCGAACACCAUAAUUACUCGGACUAAUCAGCAAACCUGAAAUAUUUAUAUCAUACGUUUUAUUUACAUUUAAUAUCGAAUCGACGUUCAGCGUCGAGCGUUAAUCGUAUGUAUCCGGCGAUACGUUGUGAUGCACAGCAACGACACGUGAUAAGGAAAAGUGGAAAGUGUAUAAUUUAUUCGUUUGAAAUCUUCGUGCUAGUCAGAUUCCCAAGGACGCACAAUGACGUAAAAGACACAAACGAAAUAGUCGAGUCUUUUUUGAGGAACCAUGCAUAGACACUCAAAUAAUACAUAUAUAUACACGAAAGAAUAUAUGUGUGUGUGAGAGAGAAAGCAAGAGUUUAAUGUGAGAGCAUGAAAGAUGCGUGGCCGAGAAGUUAGCGCGUGUUUAAGAAGCAAGCAUAAAUAAAGUAGCAGUGAUUAGUAAAAUUGAUCUGCGCUCGAGACUAACGUUAACACUUAAACUAUUCAUCACGUUGCCAAUAAUUGAAUGAACGCUAAAUCAAACGCUAACGUAACGAGUUUAGUAACACUUUGUGCCAUUGUCGUUUCUGUUUACUGUAUAAGAAAAAAAAAUUAUAUAUUAUAUAUUCUACGUCGUAAAUCAUCCCUUUUGUCCUUUUCUUACUACAUAUAUUUAGUCACGAGUUACGAUACAGUAAGGAUAAUAAAUCUUAAUUUUAUUAUGAAUUUGUCAAGGCGAAGCAUUGAAGCAUUACGAGAAAUGUCGAAAAAUCAUUUUUGUUUUUUCUUUUUCUUUCGGAAAUGUUCGACGUUAAUACACGAAUAUACCGAACGUAAAACAGGUAGAGAAAAGCGUGAGUCACUUAUGGUAGAAUGUGAAUGUCUGAUAAUACCUCGAUAAUUCAGCGUGAUGACGCGGUAAUUUACACAAUACGGCCAAAUAGUGCCAAAGAAAAUGCAAAAUAUCGAAUGAAUAGAGGAGUAAUUUGAAAGGGAAAACACGAGACAGACUGUAUUUCUUUUACUUGGUGCCUUCGGCGUCGACGCGACGGGAUUUGAUUGAAGAUUGUCUUUCAGCAUCACCUAGAAACCAAUUUCGCGCAUAGCACGGUCGAGAUUAUAGAGGAGGAUUACUACUACGCGAGAGGUCUUUGACUGUUGCCGACGUCGUACAAAUAUGAACGCUUCGCGAUAAAGAAAAAAAAAAGAAGAAGAAAAAGAUCUUCUCGAUUAUUCUCGUAGCAUAGAGGAAAUUCUAGAUGGACUCGAUAUUUUUCCCAUUCUGCGCUCCGAAUAGAAUCUCGAAAGUACAUUUCACGAAUAGAUAUUUAUUCCACACGCGUGUAUUUACUCUGCGCUUGUACGACACCCUGUUCGAAAUGCUGAAUUGUCAAAUUAUUGUCGAGAUAAAUAGAAACGGUUUCUGGGCAAGUCCUCUCGUGAGAGAGAGAGAGAGAGACGAGACGGCAUCCUCGUUGCGCAAUUAAAUAAUCGAUAUUAACGCGCGACAAUAUUCUGAUUGAGGGAUUUAAUCGCGCCCCUAAAUCCGCUGAAGGUUCAAAUGCGCCAUUGAGUAACGGGUCGUCUGCGAAAAUCGAGUUGAAUCAAAAUUUAAAGGGCUCGACGCAAGAGUCGAGGGCUAAAAUUAAUUCGCAAGAUCCAUUUUAAAUAUAUACGCGACGUGUAUUUGAAACAUGCGAAUCUUGCGAAUCUUGCGCCUGAAAACUUCGAAUUUUCGAUAUUCAAACACUUUGGCGGUACGUUUGACUUCGCGCCGAUUUAGGGCAUGGCCUGUGUGACACGUGAUUGUGUGUAUAUAUAUACAUAUUAUACGAUAUAAUACUUAGAAGAACGUGUAAUUAUAUUAUACGUAAUAUAAUAAUUGAUAUACGGAUUAGGUAGCUCGUCGUCACUGCCUGCAGCGUUGGUCGUGCUGAGGAUACGAGGCUCUCUGACACAGCCAGGCUCUGCGUGGUGAUCGUGUUUAUCGAUUUGCUUGUUCUGUUAAGUUUUACGGGCGUUAUUAUUAUUAUUAAUAUUAUACCGAUACUCGACUUGCGUUGUAACUGUAAGCUCGAUUGCGUGUGUGAUGUAAAUGAGGAUUUUGGCGAUGGGCGAUGGAUGGGCGAACGGUCCUCCGCGACAGCCUCGCCUUUAUCUUUUUCUUCGAACGCGAGGCCGGAUCGUUCGGCCGCCCACGCGAGAAGCUAUAUAGGAUGUAAGCCCUCCCAUGCGUUAUCAUUUUAAUGUUUGUUAACACCCGCUGUUAACUGUUUCGCGUGCGCGCGCGCGCAUAAAUAAAUUCGUCGUUAAGCGUUCCGCCGUCCCCUCCCCCACGUGCACCGCUAUCGCGUUUCUUCCCUUUUUUCUUUUUGCAUCCGGCGGUUGCAAGUCGCAGUUUUAUUCGUUCGCUUUACGCGCGGUGCGCGAGAUGCUCCCCCAAAAUUGGCGCAACUAUCCCCUUCCUCCCGUCGCGAUCCAAAGGUUCGGGGGGGGGAAGAAAUUCCACGUGCGUGCGCGAUGAUCGACCGACUCGUGCGAUCCGCUAUGCGACCUUAUCUCUGAAAUUCGAGAAGUAAUUUAUAUGCGAUACCUUAAUAGACUCGAGAUUCUUUAACAGCGUGGGCGAAAGCUCGACUUGAAAUGGCAUGAUUCUCUGAGGAAGUACGAGUGAAUGGCAUUGCAAUUAUUUAUAAAUGAAACAAAGAGCGUAUUAUAUAAUUAUAUUUGCGUCUUUAUUGCCAUGAAUUUUACACACGUUCGAUUAUGUUUAAUAUAUUUCAUAUUUGACGUAUUAAAUGAGCGUGAGACACAUCUUUCUCGCUGCGAAUUCGAUCUGUGAAAAUCUCUGAAAAAGCUUGUGGUUAGUAAAAUUUUCCAAGAAACGUUCCUUAACAAAUAUGUACGUGUGUUAUAAA